CCGCCGCCGCCAUUCGGGUCCGAGCGAGCGAAGGUGGUGUGUCGUGCGAGUUUUGCUCCGCUGUUCGGCGAUUACGCGCGAGUGUGUAUGAGCGCGUGCGCGCGCGCGCGCCCAGGAAAGGCGAAUCGAGGGAAGGUACGACGGUUUUCGUCGCGCGCGUUGGCAGUGGUGCGUUGCGUGUGACGGUGUCGGAUACGCCUCGAGGAACAUGUUCGCCGAGCAUUGAAACGCGCGUCUCGCAUCGAGAACCACAACCGUCAUCGACGGCUCUAUCAUCGGGUGUGCGUGUGUGUUGGUUCCUUCCGGAUUGAUACGGAUUUUUCCGGUCUCUCUCUUCCACUUUGUGCAUUGUAUAUUCGAUUGAAGAGCGAAAAAAUAUUGCAACAUGUAUUCCGAUGGCCACGAAGUGGACGGUAGCUGGGUGCUGCGCGUCUACGUGACGGAUCUGCAGGUCGAAAGGAGUUUACGCGUAAAGGGAGAGCUGCAUAUCGGCGGUGUCAUGCUACGUCUCGUGGAAGAUCUCGAUAUCGCCAUGGACUGGUCGGACCAUGCACUUUGGUGGCCAGAACGGAAUCAUUGGCUGACGAGAACGCGUAGCACGUUGGAUCAGUACGGCGUAGCAGCGGAUGCAUUGCUCCAUUUCACACCCAUGCAUAAAACCCUAAGGGUGCAAUUGCCGGACAUGCGCUGCCUCGAUUGUCGAGUUGAUUUUUCGGUCAAAACCUUCAACGCGGUCAUUAAUUUGUGCAAAGAACUUGGCAUUAGACACCCGGAGGAGCUUUCGUUCUGCAAACCGCUCGAACCAAAUCACCUGAAAUACAAUCUGAAGGAUUUGCCAGCCAAGAAGAAAAUCGAGAAUCAGAAGAACGGUCAUUGGAACGUGCCGGCCGACACGAAUACCUUCAUUCCGGUUAGCCAGAGUCCCAGGGGAUCUACGGGAAGCUUAGAUCAAUCAAGUCCAUUCAUGUGCGCGCCAGUCACACCCAACAAUAGAAAUCACAGUACACCGAUCAGCUCUCCUGUCUCGCAUACCGGCACAUGGAAGAGGAACAAUAAUUCUUCCGGUUUAGGUAGCACUGGCUCCUUCAACGCCAAUAACAGUACUAUGAGUCUCGAGGCAUUAAACGGCGGAUUGUCAGAGUCCUUGGCGCAGAGUCCGACAUCGAUUUCGCCAGAAACGCGAACAAAAUUGAUAAGGCCAAAGAGUCUGAUCGAAAGGGCAAGGAUGAACGUUGCUUGGCUGGAUUCUUCUCUAUCGAUUAUGGAGCAAGGUAUCCGCGAAUUCGACACGCUCAGGCUAAAGUUUAAAUUCUACUCUUUCUACGACCUAAAUCCGAAGACUGACGCGGUCCGCAUCAACAUGAUUUACGAACAAGCCAAAUGGCAAUUACUCGCGGAAGAGAUUGAUUGCACCGAGGAAGAAAUGCUGAUGUUUGCAGCACUUCAGGUACAAGUGAAUCUUCAGGCGAGUGUGCCGCAGCCCACAUACGAUAGCAAUGGAGCGACCUCGCCCAUCGAAGAUGAUAUCGAUGCGGCCCUAACGGAUCUGCAAGUGACUCUGGAAGGUAGUAAUAUCAACAAGGGACCCAGUGACAUCACGCAAGUGCCCGAACUCUGCGACGAGCUACGUUUCUUCAAGCCAAAGCGUUUUACGUUAAAAGCCUUCAAACGUUAUUGGUUCACGUGCCGUGAUCUUCAGUUAAGACUCUACAAGAGUAGGGAGGAAGCGAACGGUUCAGAGUCACCGGUUUACGUGAUUAAUUUGCGCGGCUGCGAGGUCACGCCGGAUGUACAUUUGUCGCAAGGACGCUAUGGUAUUAGACUAGAAGUGCCCAGCGCUGAAGGCAUGACCGAGAUGUGGAUUAGAUGCGAUAACGAGCAACAAUACGCAAAGUGGAUGGCCGCGUGCAGAUUAGCGGCUAAGGGACGUACCCUCGCCGACGCAUCUUACGAAAGCGAAGUCAACAGUAUCAUAGCUUUUCUGCAACUACAGAGGCCUGCACCUGCACCGGCUAUCAAUCCAAACUCUUUAGAUAUCAUACCAGAAGAUUACGUCGCAUCCCGUUUUGCAAAGAAAUUUAAAGGAAAGUUGGUUCAGAGAAUCUUGGAAGCGCAUGCAAAUGUUAAAGACCUAUCUCUUAUUGAAGCAAAGCUAAAUUACAUUAAAGCUUGGCAAUCUCUUCCGGAAUAUGGUAUUUCGCUCUUUAUCGUGCGAUUUACUGGCAAGAGUAAAGACGAAUUAUUGGGUAUUGCCAAUAACAGACUAAUGCGAAUGGAACUUCAUAGUGGCGAUCAUUUAAAAACUUGGAGAUAUAAUACUAUGAAGGCGUGGAAUGUUAAUUGGGAAGUAAAACACAUGAUGGUACAAUUCGAGGAAGAGAAUAUAAUUUUCGAAUGCCAAUCAGCAGAUUGCAAAGUCGUUCACGAAUUUAUAGGAGGCUACAUCUUCUUGUCAAUGCGCUCGAAGGAAGCGAAUCAGACGUUAAAUGAAGAGAUGUUCCACAAGUUGACCGGUGGAUGGGUUUAAUCUAGAAAUGUAUAUGAAGUAAAAAAUUGUAAUAAGUUCUAACAUAUUCUAAAAAACACGAUGAUACAUUUUGCCGGGUUAGCUACAUCCUUAACUAGUAGUAAUAGUAGGAGAACGGGUGAGAUUUUUAGAUCUAGAUGACAUUUGGGACUAAACAAUCUCAAAUGUCGUCUCGAUCUAAAAAUUUUUCUGUGACUCCCAUUGAUUAAGAGAAAGGAGGAUGAGAAAAAGGGAAAGAAGGGGAGGGGCGAUGAUAUCGCAGAAAAUUUUCAUAUAUCGGGACUUGAACGAGAUCCUUUAUAUGUCAGGUAAUCUUUUGUCGUCCUUCACGCUAACAUUUGUAAAAAUAUUUAAAUCUGAUUGUAGUUAUAUAUCACAUUUUAAUACUAUAUGCUAUAAAUAGAACAUUGUACAUCUUUCUACAAACAAAAGUUUUAACGAUUAUAGUUAUUUUUAACAGGAGGCUACUCAAGGUUUAUUCACUACUCCUUGAUCGAAGCAUCUUAAUUUUAUAAAAUAUCAGUAUACUUUUCUAUUCAAUUUAUCGUGCUCUAUCCACUGAGCAUUGAUCUAAUCUUUAACAAACACUGUAUAUUGACAACCGUGAAAAUCACCUUAGUUAAAAAAAAAGAUAGAAUUCGUUUCUACAUGUAUUUAUAUCUAUAAUUUUAUAAAUAAGUGUCUAGAAAAUUCUAUUUUAACAAGACGAAUUAUACUUUAUACAAAACUGUUUCUACUCAUAAAAAAUUUAUCUUAUGAUUAAAUUUAUGUGAACUAAUAAACGAAUAUAUCGAACAUGCAUAAUCGAGAAAACUUG